AUGAACUACGGUAUUGAUCGCGCUGCCAAGAACGACAUACCGAGCACAAUAGUGGUAUUUGGUGCCUCAGGAGACCUGGCCAAGAAGAAGACAUUCCCCGCGCUGUUCCACCUCUUCGGCCAGAACCUGCUCCCUAAGCGCAUGCGCAUCAUUGGCUACGCGCGCACGGAAAUGUCCGAGGAGGAGUUCCGCAAGCGUAUAACCUCCAAAUUUGCACCCGAGGCCGACAAGGAUCUUGUGAAAAAGUUCCUUGACCUGUGCGAAUACGUCAGCGGCAAAUACGAUGUCGAUGCAGACUUUCAGAACCUUCGCAAGGAGAUUGACCGGCUGGAGAAGGAUGCUGGCAUUGGUACGGAUGCCGAGCGCAUCCAUGUGUAUUACAUGGCCCUGCCGCCGUCGGUGUUUGUUAGCGUCGCGACCCAAAUCAAGAAGAACGUCUAUGACGAGAGCUGUAUCAACCGCCUGGUCAUUGAGAAGCCCUUUGGCCAUGAUCUAGAGUCCAGCCGGAAGCUCAGCAAGGAUAUUGGUGCGCUGUUCGACGAGGUCGAGGUGUUCCGCAUUGACCACUAUUUAGGCAAGGAGAUGGUGAAGAACAUCCUUUCUCUACGCUUUGCCAAUGUGUUCUACGAGGCCGUGUGGAACCGCCAUUUUAUCUCCAACAUCCAGAUCACUUUCAAGGAGCCUUUUGGCACGGAGGGCCGCGGCGGUUACUUUGACGAGUUUGGCAUCAUCCGCGAUGUCAUGCAGAACCAUCUGCUGCAGGUCCUGAGCAUUGUUGCCAUGAAUCAGCCCAAGUCGCUGGAUCCCGAGGACAUCCGCGAUUGCAAGACCGAGGUGCUGCGCAACAUCAAGCCGAUCAAACUUGAGGACACGCUGCUCGGUCAGUACGUUGCUUCGGCCGACGGGAGCAAGCCCGGGUACUUGGAUGACGAUACUGUGCCUAAAGGCUCAACCACUCCCACAUUUGCGCAGUGCGUCCUGGAGGUCAACAACGACCGGUGGCACGGCGUCCCCUGGAUCAUCAAGGCCGGCAAGGCGCUUAACGAAGCGCGCAUGCUGAUCCGUAUCCAGUUCAAGGACAUGCCCAACUCGCUGUUCCCCAAUCUGGCCCGCAACGAAUUGGUUAUUCAGGUCAGCCCCAAGGAAUCGGUCUACAUCAAGACCAUCGUCAAGGAACCUGGGCUCUCCACCAACUUGGCCAUGUCCGAGCUCGAUCUCACAUACAAGACCCGCUACCAUGACAUCAAGAUUCCAGACGCCUACGCCACGCUGAUACUGGACGUGCUGAACGGUGAUUACUCUAACUUUGUGCGCAGUGAUGAGCUCGACGAGGCGUGGCGUAUUUUCACCCCGCUGCUGCACCAGAUUGAGAAAGAACAUGUUAAGCCAAAGCCCUAUGAGUACGGCUCGCGCGGACCCGAGGGCAUGUACGAGUUUGUCGAAGAGCGCACAGGCUACAAGAGGGCUGGCCUGGAGUACCACUGGGAGGCACCAGAGUGA